UAAACGAUAUUACUCAACUCUUUUGUACGGAAACCAAAUUCCCCACUUGGCUCUCACUUUCAGUCAUGCUUCUCGUUGUCGCUUUGCCUUGGCCUUCUCUCCAAUACCCGGUUGCCAGAUUUUCCUCUCCGUUGCCCAAUUUUAUAUCUUUUGUUCUACAGUUUGAAGCCGAUAGCAGUCGCAUCCUAAGCAGUUAUAGAUAGCAAAUGUCGUCUAUCAUUCGAUCGUAUUAACACCGUUACCCCCCCAGAUUACAUUAGUGUAUGAUGAUGGGCAUUGGCGUGGUGUGCUGGACUGGUUCAUGAAGCAUCCAUCAUGCUGUAAUAAAUAAACACAUGCUUUUGUCAGAUAUGAAAUCGAAUAUUUAAACUUUAGAAAGUUGUUCUUAGUACAGGGUGUUCUUUGCUUUUCUUAUUUUUUUUUUUCUUCGGGUGUAAGAGGAGAGGGUGAAUGAGAUUACAUGUAGAUGGUAAAAGAUAUGAUUGUCAAUUCAUGAAUCGUCAUUGCUCUUUAAAUAGGAUAAUCUUAUGUUUGACCCGCAAUUUUAUUAUAUAUUUUAAUAACAUCCUUAGCUGAUGCCAUAACCAAGUAAACAAUUAACUCCACAUUCGUCACCAAUCGGAGAGAAAAGAGAGACAAGUCAACGCAAAACCAAGAAUCAGAAUUGGAGAAAAGAAAUGGUGAAGGCCAAAAUAUACUAAUUCCAACCCCACCAAAACUCUUUCUUCAAACUCAGCUUCUUUUCUCUUCUCUGACGGUCAUCCAAUCCAUCCUCCACAUGACAACUUUAUUUUUUUUUACUAUCAGUUUUUUAUUCUGUGCUCUUCUUGUCUCUGCUUCUACAUUCUCCGAAUUCAUCUUUCCGAAUUUCACUGCUUCAAACUUUCGUUUUAUUGAUAAUCAGGGCGCUUUCCUCUUCUCUAGUAAUGGAACAUUCAAAGUUUCUGUCUUCAAUCCUGGAGGAGGUCAGAAUAACUUUUACUUGUGUGUUAUGCAUGUGGCCUCCAGCACUAUCAUAUGGUCUGCUAAUAGUGAUGCUCCUAUCUCCAGUUCCGGUAAAAUGGAUCUUACAGCCCAAGGGAUUCACAUUACUGAUCAAGAUGGCAAUCCCAAAUGGUCAACUCCAGCUUUGAGAUCAUCAGUUUAUGCAUUAUUACUAACUGAGAUGGGCAAUCUUGUUUUGCUUGACCAACUUAAUGGUUCUCUUUGGGAGAGCUUUCACUAUCCAAGAGAUACAUUAGUCAUUGGUCAACACUUACCUAAGGGGAAAUUGCUCUCCAGUGCUGUAUCAAGCAAUAACUUAUCUACUGGUCAUUACAGGCUUGCUAUCUCUGAUUCAGAUGCAAUAUUACAGUGGCAAGGUCAGACAUAUUGGAAAUUAUCAAUGGAUGCUGGGGCUUAUACAAACUCCAAUUAUAUCGUGGACUUUAUGGCAAUAAACAGAACUGGUCUGUUUUUGUUUGGUCUCAAUGGAUCAGCUAUUGUAAUUCAGAUGAGUUUGUCACCAUCUAAUUUCCGAGUAGCCCAGUUGGGUGCUUCUGGCCAGUUCACCAUCAGUAGCUUUUCUGGUAGUAACAAGCAACAGGAAUUUGUGGGACCAAUGGAUGGUUGUCAAAUUCCACUUGCCUGCGGCAAAAUUGGAUUGUGUAUUGAUACUACAUCCUCCAGACCAACUUGUUCAUGUCCACUAGGUUUCCGAGGAGGUUCACAAAAUUCAAGUGGCUGUGUGCCAAGUGACGGUCCUUCCUUACCACAUGCAUGUGUGUCAACCAGAAACGGUAGUCAGUUGAAUUCCUCGGCUGUUUCGUAUAUGAGGCUCGGAUAUGGUAUGGAUUACUUUGCUAUUGAUUUCUCUGAGCCUACAAGAUAUGGCGUAAAUUUCUCAGUUUGUCAAGAUCUGUGCACAAUGGACUGUGCUUGCUUGGGAAUUUUUUAUGAGAAUUCAUCUGGUUCCUGCUAUGCACUUGAAAAGGACUUAGGUUCUAUUAUAUCGAGCACUAAAAAUGAGAAUGAUCUGCUGGGCUACAUUAAAGUUAUAAAUAGAUCAACUCCAGAUGGCAGCGAUGAUAAUCAAAAUCAACAAUUUCCUGUAGUUGCUCUGGUGCUGUUACCUUUCACUGGGUUCCUCCUUGUAGUUGCUCUUUAUUUCCUCUGGUGGAGAAGACGGAGAAUUUCCAAAGAUAGAGAGAUGAAAUUAGGUUGUGGAAGCUCACGUUCUUCUGGUGAUCUGAAUGCCUUCUACAUCCCAGGUUUACCCCAACGGUUUGACUAUGACGAACUCGAGGUGGCUACUGGAAAUUUUAAAACACAGAUUGGGUCAGGUGGCUUUGGUUCUGUAUACAAGGGCACGCUUCUUGAUAAAUCGGUCGUGGCAGUAAAGAAGAUAUCCAAUUUAGGAGUACAAGGGAAAAAGGAUUUUUGUACUGAAAUUGCUGUAAUUGGAAGUAUUCACCAUAUCAAUCUGGUGAAAUUGAGAGGAUUUUGUGUCCAAGGUAGACAGCGCCUUUUGGUUUAUGAGUAUAUGAAUCGUGGCUCACUGGACAGGACCCUCUUUGGUAGUGGACCUGUCCUAGAAUGGCAAGAGAGGUUUGAGAUAGCACUUGGAACUGCACGUGGACUAGCAUACUUGCAUGCUGGGUGCGAGCAUAAAAUUAUCCAUUGUGAUGUCAAACCAGAGAACAUUCUUUUGCACGACCAUUUUCAGGCCAAGAUAUCUGAUUUUGGCCUCUCAAAGCUUCUAAGUCCUGAACAGUCCAGUUUAUUCACAACAAUGAGGGGAACUCGAGGAUAUCUUGCCCCUGAAUGGCUCACAAACUCCGCAAUCUCAGAAAAAACUGAUGUUUAUAGUUUUGGAAUGGUACUGCUUGAACUUGUAAGCGGAAGGAAAAAUUGUUGGACCCGGUCGCAAAGCGCCAGUGUGGAGAACAGUAAGAGUGGUGGUGGGCAGUCGACAUCAUCAUCAGGAUCAGGACUUACUUAUUUUCCAUUAUUUGCAUUGGAGAUGCACGAGCAAGGCAGGUACUUGGAGCUUGCUGACCCAAGGCUAGAGGGGAGGGUAACAAGUGAAGAGGUCGGGAAAUUAGUGUGCAUUGCUCUGUGUUGUGUACAUGAGGAGCCAGCAUUGAGGCCCAGUAUGGUUAGUGUUGUUGGAAUGUUGGAAGGUGGUAUACCUUUAGGUCAGCCAAAAGUAGAUUCCCUGAAUUUCUUGCGAUUUUAUGGGCGUAGAUUUACUGAGGCUUCCAUAAUAGAGGAGGAGAACAGGCAUAGCAGUAUUAUGUUGUUUCCACGAGCAAACAAUUCUGACUCAAGCACAAGUGACUACCAUGCUUGUUUCUCCUAUAUCUCCUCACAGGAGGUCUCAGGCCCAAGAUAGUAUUUGAUGGUUGAGACUCUGUCUAGCAAAACCACCUCAUGUGAUUUGGAAUUUUAGUUGUUGAUGACUUUCUCUAUGAAUUCAAAUCAACUUGUCUGGAAGUUCAAGAUGAGUUGAUAGGGAAGUGCAUAGGUAGAGUUCAAUUUUUUUUGUAUUUAUUCUUUAAACUCUACUUAAGUCAUGUUGUUUCUAUACCUUUUAUGAAGAGGUCAAUUUUAUGUGUAAUUGAAUGUACUCCCAUGAUAUGAUCAAAUGUGGAGCUUUUUUUUAGGUUU